UUUCUCCUCUAUUCAGGAUAAAGUCUAACUUCUAUGGCGAUACAGAACCACACUUCGGUAACAGAAUUCAUCCUGUUGGGCAUCCCGAACACAGAGGGGCAAGAAACCGUGCUCUUUGCUGUUUUCCUGACCUUCUACCUCUGCACUCUGCUGGGAAAUCUGCUCAUCCUUUUAGCUGUGAGAUCUGAUUCCCGCCUCCAUACCCCUAUGUAUUUCUUUCUUUGCAACCUCUCAGUGUUGGACAUUAGUUUCUCUUCUGUGAGCACCCCAAAGUUGUUAGCCAUCCUGUUGGUGAGGAACCAUGUUAUCUCACUGGGUGGUUGCAUGUCCCAGGUCUUCUUUUACCACUUACUGGGCUGCACUGAGAGCCUGCUGUAUACGGUGAUGGCCUAUGACCGCUUUGCUGCCAUCUGCCACCCCCUGCGUUACACCAUCAUCAUGAACCGCAGGGUGUGUGCCUUCUUGGCUGCCGGCACCUGGUUCACCAGCUCCUUUCAUGCCACAGUUCUCACGACACUGACCUUCCAGCUGCCGUAUUGUGGGUCGAACGUGGUGGACUAUUUCUUCUGUGACAUCUUCCCUGUGGUCAAAUUGGCCUGUGGUGACACCUUUGUCAUUGAGAUGGUGAGCUUCACCAACAUCGGUGUUGUGCCCAUGACCUGCUUCCUCCUCAUCCUUGCAUCCUACGUCCGCAUCGUCAUUGUGAUCCUCAAGAUGAACUCUGCUGAGGGGAGGCGCAAGGCGGCCUCCACCUGUGUCUCCCACCUCACGGUGGUCACGCUGUUCUUUGGACCCUGUGCCCUCGUCUACACCCAGCCAUCCUUGAGCGAGGUGCUGGUCACUCCAGUGCAGAUCUUUGCCAAUGUAGUCACCCCCAUGCUGAACCCCACAAUCUACACUCUGAGAAACAAAGAAGUUAAAGGAGCCCUGAAGAAACUUGUGGGGGGCCAGAUUACUUCGUAA